AUGCCACCUAAAAAACGAUUAUCAUUAUCUCGAAAUUCGAGAGAAGCUAAGAGAAUGAGAAAUGUGCGUUCUCGAGAAUCGGCAGAGGAAAGAGCACAUCGGUUAAACUCUAUGAGAGUUAGUGCCUCAACUUCUCGAGCCAAUAAAAGCUCUCCAGAUAGAGAGAUUCGAUUAGCAGCUGACAGAGCGAGACGAGCUAUAUCACGGGCGUCUCAAAGUUCUUCUCAACGAGAGGUAAGGCUUACCAUUGACCGAGAACAACAUGUGUUAUCCCGAGAAGCUGAAACUGCUUCACAACGAGAAUUGCGGCUCACAGCUGACCGCGAACGGCAUUCAUUAUCUCGCAAGUCCGAAACCUACACAGAGAGGGAAUUACGUCUCACAGCUGACCGCGAACGGCAUGUACUAUUCCGUGAGUUCGAAACCUUCACUGAGAGGGAAUUACGUCUCACAGCUGAUCGCAAACGGCAUGUACUAUCCCGUGAGUCCGAAACCUACACUGAGAGGGAAUUACGUCUCACAGCUGACCGCGAACAGCAUACAUUAUCUCGCGAGUCCGAAACCUACACCGAGAGGGAAUUACGUCUCACAGCUGAUCGCGAACGUCAUAUUUUAUCUCGAGAAUCUGAAACUUUUACUCAAUAUGAAGACCGUUCGACAAAUGAUAGGGUGCACCAUAAUAUUAUUCGAUCUUUUGAAGAUGAACAUGAGCACGAACAACGACUAGAGUCGGUACGCGAAUAUUACAAUUCUUUGAGACAAGAACGAUUAAUAAGUUUGUCUAAUGAAAGAUUAAGAAUUGAAAAUAUUCGGUCUCUUGAAACGGACGAACAGUGA